AUGUCCAGCCGCGAAGGUGGCAAGAAGUCCCAGAAGCAGCCCAAGAAGCACGCCAAGGAGACGCACGAGGAAGAUAAGGCAUUCAAGCAGAAGCAGAAAGAGGAGCAGAAGAAACUUGAGGGCCACAGUGUUGAAAAUCCAAAUGCCCACAGAAAUGAGGCAAGUUACCAUGAAGGUGGUUUACAGAUGGCUGAAGGGAAAUCUCGGCAGAUGUCAUCAGUAUGGCAACCUGAGAAAUCAAAGCUGACACAAGGGCCUGAGGAUGAAAAGGACAUGUCUUUCUAUUUGUUUGUCUGUACUGGUGUGUCCAAUAGAAGUUUACAACUGGCCAGCAGUGCAGAAAGCACAACACCAUGGGAAGCUCUGGACGAGUUCAGCAGACACGGAGGCAGAGCUAAGUCUGGCGCCAACUGCACCCUGGUGCCCCAUGAGGCUGUACGAUACUUCAGAGAAAAGAAAGAGAGAAUCCGCAAAGUGCUGAACAGGGAGAUGUUAAUCUCUGUGGCUCUGGGCCAGGUGUUAUCCCUCCUUAUUUGUGGAAGCUUGACCAGCAAGUACCUGUCCGAAGAUUUACAUGCCAAUACACCAGUCUUCCAGAGUUUCCUGAAUUACAUCCUUCUCUUCUCGGUCUAUACCACCACACUGGCUGUCAGGCAAGGAGAAGAAAACCUUCUGGCAAUUCUACGACGAAGGUGGUGGAAGUACAUGAUCCUGGGACUCAUAGACCUUGAAGCAAACUACCUGGUGGUCAAGGUCUAUCAGUACACGACUCUGACCAGUAUCCAGAUCCGGUACAAGGCUGUGCAUUUCAUCGGCAUCGUGGUCUGCAUCCUGGGGAUGGGCUGCAUGGUGGGAGCCGACGUGCUUGUGGGAAGGCAUCAGGGAGCAGGGGAAAAUAAACUGGUAGGGGACCUUCUGGUCUUAGGAGGAGCCACACUCUACGGUAUCUCUAAUGUCUGGGAAGAAUACAUCAUCCGAACCUUGAGCCGAGUGGAAUUCCUGGGAAUGAUCGGACUCUUUGGGGCAUUUUUCAGUGGAAUUCAACUAGCUAUCAUGGAGCACAAGGCGCUGUUAAAGGUGCCCUGGGAUUGGCAAAUAGGCCUGCUCUACGUCGGCUUCAGUGCCUGCAUGUUUGGUCUCUACAGCUUCAUGCUGGUCGUCAUCAAGAAAACCAGCAACACUUCUGUCACCCUCUCCCUGCUCACAGCAGAUUUGUACAGCCUGUUCUGUGGAUUGUUUCUCUUCCAUUACAAGUUUUCAGGACUUUAUCUCCUGUCUUUCUUCACCAUCCUCAUCGGACUAGUGCUUUACUCCUCCACCUCCACAUACAUAGCCCAGGACCCCCGGGGGUACAAGCAGUUCCUCAAUCCUUCAGGACCUGUCGUGGACUUACCAGCCACAGCUCAGGUGGAGCCUUCUGUCACCUACACCAGCUUGGGCCAGGAGACCGGAGAGGAGCCCCACAUCCGCGUGGCCUAG